GCCCUUCCACGCUGCUAUUACGUUCCGUUCGCGAGCAGAAGCUGGCUGCGGUGUCGUUUUCUCCGAUCAGUCGGACCUUGAUCAAUCUUUUCAACUGUCAUUGUUCUCGGGUUUUACGCAUUUGAUUGCAUUUGGAAUAGCUUGGAUUCGUGUGUGACCGUCGAUUCCACCAUUUUUUCGAACGAAUUGGCUCUGAAGCAAUGGAUUGACUUCAGUUUUCCUUCAACCCCUCCACCAAGUUGAGAAAACAGUCUAACCUGCGGUCUCUCCAUACUUCGAGCUCACAAGCCAGCUACAUGUUUCAUCCGGACAGUUUCAAAAGUAGCUGGUACCGGAUGUUUUUAAACAUUUCAUAGAUGAAACAUUGAUGUUCUUCGUUUGUCUCGGAAGUGUAUGGAAAUAGGUGGCAGAGGAUUUUAAACACGGAUUUUCUCCGGGGUUCUUGAAGCCUGCAAACAUUUAUUUUUGAAAAGUGAUGGCGGAGCGGGGAGCAAGGUUGCUCCUCUCUCUCCUCUGUCUCACCUUUCUUUACCCGGCGACCACCGUGUCAAGACAUGCUGAAAAAGGCACGGCGGCGCGGCCCUUCAGCCCCUUCUGGUUCUCGGUGGAGCCGUGGGACACACUGGCUGUGAGAGGUGCCCCAGCACUGCUCAACUGCUCAGCACACAGCGGGGACCCUGCCUCGGAGCCCACUGCGCCCCAGGCCCGUGUGGAGUGGAAGAAGGAUGGAACCUUCCUGAGCCUGGCGCCAGACGACGGGCGGCGGCGUGUUCUGCCCGACGGCUCGCUGCUCAUCUCUAGCGUGGUGCACUCCAAGCACAACAAGCCCGACGAGGGCACGUACCAGUGUGUGGCCACCAUCGACAGCCUGGGAACCAUCGCCAGCCGCACCGCCCGCCUCACCGUGGCAGGUAUGCCCCGGUUCUCCAGCCAGCCAGCAGCAGCCAGCAUACGCCUGGGAGACAGCCAGGUUCUGGCCUGCGAUGUCAACCCAGACCUGGUGCCUUUAGCCCGGUGGGAGCGUGAGCGUGAGCCCCUGGAGCUGAGCUCUAGGCUGGUGCAGCUACCCAACGGAGCCCUGGUGGUGAGCAACGCUUCGGAGGCCGACGCUGGGCUCUACCGCUGCAUGGUGGAGAACGCUGGGCCCGCCAAGACCAGUGAAGAGGCCCAGCUCACAAUACUGCCAGAAACCGGAGAGGAGAGAGAACUGGAGUUCCUGGUAGAGCCACUUCCUGUGACCAAAGUGGUGGGGGCCAGUUUGCUGCUGCCGUGUGUGGUGACGGGUUAUCCAACGCCCUACGUCCGAUGGAUGGUGGGAGACAAGCUUGUUGAGGAGAGUGAGGGGAAGUUGGAGUUGGUGGGAGGAGGCAGUCUGUUGAUCUACAACCUGACUGAGGAGGAUGCAGGCGUCUACAGCUGUAUGGCAGACAUCACUAACAACACUAUCGAGGCCAAGGCAGAGCUCACUGUACAAGGUACUGCACUGAUGAAGUCAAACACAUCACUUUUCAUGGAGUACUAGCCUGGAAAAAGUCUUCUCUGAUAGUGUGUUUCACACACUUUAACGAUCC